UGCCGGCUGCACGCAGGGUCGAGGGGUCCGGGCGGCGCGCACCAGCCGAAGGAGGGCCGAGGGCCUUGGAGGCCGCGACGGUGCCUUUGGCAUCGGAAGGCCACAGCCCCGGGUCAGGAUGCGGCGAAGCCCCCGCCCGGGUUCAGCCGCGUCCCAGCACAAGCACACGCCCAACUUCUACAGCGACAACAGCAACAGCUCUAUGAGCGUCACCUCGGGGGACAGCUGCGGGCACCGGUCAACUGGGCCGGGGCCCGGGGAGCCCGAGGGCAGACGAGCCCGGGGCUCGAGCUGCGGUGAGCCCGCCUUGAGCGCUGGAGUGCCCGGAGGAACCACAUGGGCUGGAAGCUCUCGGCAGAAGCAGGCGCCUCGGAGCCACAAUGGGCAGACCGCCUGUGGCGCGGCAACCAACCAGCUGGCUCUUCCGCAGUCUCUGAGGAGCAGCUCGACCUUCUCCCCAUUCUGGAUCUGAGGCAGGAGAUGCCUUCCCCGCAAGUGUCCAAGAGCUUCCUGAGCCUACUCUUCCAGGUGCUGAGCGUGUUGUUAUCCCUGGUUGGAGACGUGCUGGUCAGUGUGUACAGGGAGGUCUGUUCCAUCCGCUUCCUGCUCACGGCUGUAUCACUGCUGAGCCUCUUUCUGGCAGCACUCUGGUGGGGACUUCUGUACCUCGCCCCUCCUUUGGAACAUGAACCUAAGGAGAUGCUGACUCUAAGCGAAUACCACGAGCGCGUGCGCUCCCAGGGGCAGCAGCUGCAGCAGCUCCAGGCUGAACUGGUUAAACUCCACAGGGAGAUGUCCAGCGUUCGCGCCGCCAACAGCGAGAGGGUGGCCCAACUAGUAUUCCAGAGGCUGAGUGAGGACUUUGUGCGGAAACCCGACUAUGCGCUGAGUUCUGUCGGAGCCUCCAUCGACCUAGAGAAGACAUCCCAGGACUAUGAGGAUGCGAACACUGCCUACUUCUGGAAUCGCUUCAGCUUCUGGAACUACGCGCGACCGCCCACGGUUAUCCUGGAGCCAGAUGUGUUCCCUGGAAAUUGCUGGGCUUUUGAGGGCGACCAGGGCCAGGUGGUGAUCCGGUUGCCGGGUCGUGUGCAGCUGAGCGACAUCACUCUGCAGCAUCCACCGCCCACUGUGGCACACACCCGGGGAGCUAACAGCGCCCCCCGUGACUUUGCAGUCUAUGGCCUCCAAGUUGAUGACGAGACUGAGGUCUUCUUGGGGAAAUUUACCUUCAACGUGGAGAAAUCUGAGAUUCAGACUUUCCACCUACAGAAUGACCCUCCAGCUGCCUUUCCCAAGGUGAAGAUCCAGAUUCUAAGCAACUGGGGCCACCCCCGUUUCACGUGCUUGUAUCGAGUCCGAGCCCAUGGUGUUCGAACCUCAGAGGAGGCAGGGGACAGUGCCACAGGGGACGCCCAUUAAACAUGCUGAUUGUUGGGAGUGGAAGUGUGUGCUGAAAGAAGCUGGAUCAGUGCUGGGAGGUCUGCUGUGGGCAGGGAGGCUGGCACUCUAAGUUGCCUUUGGUACGUAAAUGUGGUGGGGGGCGUCUAUCAAACUGCCUUCUUGGAGAAGCCCAGAUCAGUAUAGUAGCAGCAGUUCAUGUGUGUGGAGUGUUUACCAUGCACCUAAGAUAGUACUCUGGAUGUUAUAUGCCUUCUCUAACUAAUCUUCACAAUCACAAAGGGAGAAACCAUUCAGAUCAGGAAAGUUGCAAGGUCACACAGCUAGUGAAGAGCUGAGCCACAGUGGGACCCUGAGCCUACCUUUCUCUAAAGGUUGCCUUCUUGCAGAGCUACCAGUCGGCAUGAAGCUGCGCUGUGCCCCUCACUUCUCACCCCAACUCUUGCUAGGUGCAGGCAGAACUUGCCAUUUUUUUCAGGUAAAAUCUUAGGGAGACUUGAGAACCUGUAGGGGCCAUUUGAGUCAGAAAUGAUGCAGGCCUGAUUAUCCCCACUCAGGUUGUUUUACACUAAAACUUGAGUGUUCCACUAUGCUAGGAACAGUACAGGCGGUAGAGUAUUGACCAGUCCCUGCCCUCCAGGAGCCUGACAAGGAAGAGAAGAUGCUCCAGAAAACGGGACAAUUCAUUUAUUGAUCCAAUAACUCUUCAAAGGGUCAAAAGUAGAAAUGGAGGGAGAAAGAUGGAGGAGACGGACAUCAAAGGAUUAAUGAGUUCUACUCGGGCAGAGGACUCAAAAAGGGGAAAAAGUGUCAAAGAAAUACAUGCAAUAUCUUGACUGUUAGGAUCCUUUUCACUGUGUUCAUGUUUUGGAAGAAUCUACAGACUAUGAACAGUGUUAUACCUCUAGGAAGUGGAAUCCAAGUGUAUGUGUGAGGAUGGAACAUGUAUACAUCUGUUUAAAUUUGGGGGUUAUUACUUUUAUAAUUUGAAGACAGAGGGAAAAGAAUCUAUUGAGUACUCUUAAAAGUCUGAAGUUUUCUAACUAAUACAGCUUUUCUGGAGGGGGCAUUUUUAUAAUAGGUGCUGAAGUCUUAACUUUUUUAUACUUUUUAAUCACAGCAAUUGCAUUUCUAAGAAUGGAUCCAAAGGAUACACAGAUAAAAUCUAAGUUACUACUUUAAGGAUGUUGAUCACACUGUUGUUUAUAGAGGAAAAAAUGGAAAUAGUAUCUAAGAAGAUAAAGUACACUAUAAAAAUAAUAUGUAGCCAAUAGAAAUGGUAAUAUAGGAGACUGUUUAAUGUCAUGAAAAGUAAGUAAUAUAUAUGGAUAAUUUUUAAAAAAACAAGCUAGGUUACAUACACACACACAUACACAAAAGCAAGCUAGGCUGACAUACAUAAAAUUUUUAAAUUUCUGUAUCAAGAGUUACAUAGACCAAAAGACACUAUAACUGAAAAGAUAACAGCCUGGGAGGAAAUAUUUUUAACAUGUAUAAGAGAUAAAGGGUUGCUGAACAACUAUAACAAUAAAGGCUGUAAAGGACAACAACCACCUAUAAAAAA